CCUAUAGAAUUAUUAUUCCACAAGAUUUAGGAUAGAAUUCCUCCUAUAUAUAUAAUUUGAUUUUGCAUGAAUCAAUAGGCUUAAUUUAUCCCUCUCCCUAAUAAUCGUCAUUCAUAAUCUCUCGCCUUCUGUCAAACAAAUUUCAAUAUGGGUAUUCCGUGGUAUAUUGUCGCUGGGCCAUCGGAGAUGCUUGCCAUCACCGGAAAUGGCAUAAAGGAAAUAAGACUGAAGAAGAAGCACUUUUUAUGGCCCCUUCAAAAGUGCGCCACGCUAGACAUAUCCCCGGUGAACUACUCGUUCGAAGUCCAAGCAAUGAGCGCCGAAAAACUCCCUUUUGUUCUCCCUGCUGUUUUCACAAUUGGCCCUCAACUCGACGAAAACAACGAGAGCCUGAUUAAGUACGCACAGCUUGUAUCGAGUCAUGACAAGAAUUCAAAUCACGUGAAAGAGCUCGUCAAGGGAAUUAUCGAGGGAGAAACUCGGGUUCUUGCUGCUUCCAUGACUAUGGAACAGAUCUUCAAGGGAACCAAAGAAUUUAAGAAAGAAGUAUUUGAGAAAGUCCAACUUGAACUCAAUCAAUUUGGCCUUUAUAUCUAUAAUGCUAAUGUUAAACAACUUGUAGAUGUCCCUGGCCAUGAGUACUUUUCGUACCUUGGACAAAAAACUCAGAUGGAAGCCGCCAACCAAGCCAAGAUAGAUGUAGCGGAGGCAAGGAUGAAAGGAGAGAUAGGUUCAAAGCAAAGAGAUGGAGAGACAAAACAGAAUGCUGCUAAGAUUGAUGCAGAGACAAUGAUCAUAUCAACCAGAAGGCAAGGAGAAGGAAAAAAAGAAGAAGUUAGGGUGAAGACUGAAGUGAAAAUAUUUGAGAACCAAAGAGAAGCAGAGGUUGUUCAGGCAAGUGCCGAGUUGGCAAAGAAGAAAGCAGGAUGGUCUCAGACUGCCAGGUUGGCGGAGGUGGAAGCUGAGAAGGCGGUGGCGAUAAGAGAAGCAGAGCUGCAAAUGGAAGUUGAGAAGAAGAAAGCUUUUGCUCAGACUGCUAAGCUCAAGGCUGAGUUUCUCAGCAAGGCUAAUGUUGAAUACGACAUUAAGGUGCAAGAGGCAAACUCACAACUAUACAGGCGGCAGAAAGAAGCAGAAGCCGCGUUAUUCGAGAGCCAGAAGAAAGCAGAGGCAAAAAAAGCAAGCGCAGAUGCUGAACUCUAUGCUCGCCAGCAGGCUGCAAACAGUGAGCUCUACGCAAAGCUAAAGGAAGCCGAAGGAGUAGCAGCGAUAGGGAAAGCAGAAGCGACUUACUUAGGAUCCAUUGUUAAGGUAUUGAAUCACGAUUACUCUGCUCUCAGAGACUACUUAAUGAUCAACAACGGUAUCUAUAAGGAUAUCGCCAGUAUCAACGCGCAAGCAGUGAACGGUAUGCAACCAAAGAUUAGCAUUUGGUCAGGUGCUAAUGGAAGUGAAAGCAAUGGCGAAGGAAGUGGAUUGAAGGAUGUUGCUGGUGUGUACCGCAUGUUGCCUCCUCUGCUUCAAACUGUGCAAGACCAAACUGGGAUGCAGCCUCCUGCUUGGCUUGGAACAUUACCAGAAUCUAAAUGAAGAGCACAUUAAUUACUUUAUAGUUUACCAUGAGAUUUAUGCUUUGAUUUUCUGGUUUUGAACUACUAUGGAGUAGUUUUUAUUAAUGUGCUAGAUUACUAUUGCUUCUUGGAUUGAGUUGUUUUCGGUGUUUUUGAAUGUUGGAUUUUAAUACUAUCUUAUCUUUUAAGGGGGAA